CAGACCAAAACAAUACCGCCAGUUGAAAAUACAGUUGUAUUCGGAGGACAAAAUUAAAACUUUCCAAGAAUUUAGUUAAAUUGACAGGAAAAGUGACCAAAACGAAGCCACUAAAAGCGCGAGUUAAUGAAAUCCUGACGGACGCAAUGCUCAAAAACGAAGUGUCUCAACGUAACCGGUACGCACGUGCCAGAUACCAUCUUAUGCAGAUGGAGAGAAAGAAUUUGGCAAAUGAUCAGGCCCAAAAAGAGGUGAUAAAUCUGGAUACUUCGAAACCCUCGGAUCUUACUGGGAAAUCCAAAUUGCAUGCGGUUUUAGCUUUGCAAAAGCCAUGGGACCUGGCAAAUUUGGACUCCGAAUUUUCCAUCCAUUCAAAAUCCCACAAUAACUGCUGGGAGAGGUCAAAACCGGCGGAUUUCACUUCCAAGGACUCAUGUGACCAAGAGAAACCCAUUAACCAGCUGGUUGCUGGAGAUCAGGGCCAAAAAGAGGUUACUCCGGAACCUUCGGCUGUUUCUGGGAAAUCCAAACUUCUUGCAGUUUUUGCUUUGCGAAAGCCAUGUGAUCAGGCAAAGUUGGACUCCGAAUAUUCUAACAAUCCAAAAUCCCAUCAAAACUGCAGGGAAAACCCAAAACCGGCGCCUUUAACUUCCAAGGAGGCAUGUGAACGGAAGAAUCCCUUUAUCCAGGUGGUUGCCGGAGAUCAGGCCCAAAAGAAGGUGAUAAAUCCGGUUACUUCGAAACCCUCGGAUCUUGCUGGGAAAUCCAAAUUUCAUGCGGUUUUAGCUUUGCAAAAGCCAUGGGACCUGGCAAAGUUGGACUCCGAAUUCUCCAUCCAUCCAAUAUCCCAUCAUAGCUGCUGGGAAAGGCCAAAACUGGCGCCUUUAACUUCCAAGGAGGCAUGUGGCCAGGAGAAACCCAUUAGCCAGCCCGACUACCAUGACGACUUUCCUAGUUGCGUACCCAGCCAUGCAUCCUCAUCCUCUAGCCACGUAAAGUCCCAGGAGGAUAACAAAACCAAGGGCAUUAGCCAUUUGUCGCAGAUCAAACUGCUGGCGGGACCAGGACCAGAUAAACAGGAUGCACAGGUUGCUCCGCCAAAAACCGAGCUGUGCACCAGGGCUAUUCAGUUAGUUCCCGGAGGCAAGGAGGAGUACAUGAAGCAAUGGCUUAUCUCGGCGGCCGGAUUGCCCACCAAUCAAUCCCCGAAAGAACCUGUGGAACAGGAAGCUAUAGAGUUGCCUUGUAGUAAAUCUCUCCAGGAAUCUUUGGCCCCCGAUAGCGAUGAAGAGGAGUUAGCCGAAACAAAUCCCUUUGCCAAGGACACCACUGAUCCACAAGCCUUGCCAGUGGAUAAUCCGGAAGCAGAAGAGCCCAACGACUUUAUGCAACGCCUGCAGUUCCGUGCUGCGAUUCCAGAAAGCUGUUUGACUGAUGCUGUGUUCAUGGUGGACAAACCCAGAGACGCCGUCGCCCUGGGCAAGGAGCUGCCUACUUUGCGCCUGCAGGACAACUGCCGAGAACAGGACCAAAUUAUGAUCUCCGUUUGCAAAAUUUACAGUCCGUUUCAGUUUUGGUUUCAUUUCGUAAACGGCUUCCAAGACACCAAUAUGCUGGCCGAGUUGAACAGGAACAUCAACCACCAUUAUAAUCAUGAAAGAAUGGAAAGCUACAGCAACCCAUUGUCGACGUAUUUUCUGAAAGCCGGAUACAUUUGCGCUGCAAAUCACCGUGCGGGAUGGCGGCGGGCCAGAAUACUGACCACUCCGCCAAAGGAUGCCGAUUGGGUUUUCAUAUACUACGUGGACUAUGCAUCGGCCGCUAAAGUGUCGCCGAAUGACCUGAGAUUCCUGCCCGAUUGGUUUACGGAUUGGCCGGCAUUGGCUGUCCGGGGAACUCUCUCCUAUGUCCAUCCGCUGGGUCUCCACUGGCCACCGGACAGUACGCACCAGUUCCGGCGCUUGGUACUCAAACGGGAGCUGCACGCCCAGGUCACCGAAAUGGAUGCGGACGCGGGCAUACUCUUUCUGCGUCUUUCGGAAACGAAAACCUUCGAUCAAUCGAUCAAUAAAAAGCUGGUCAUCGCGAAUCUGGCUGGGAAAAGCGAUCACUACAGUCGGGAGCUCAUCGAGUAUAAUUGUGGCAGAAGACUACGCUAUCUGAGAGAACGAUUGCCCAGCUUUGAAAUUCUGGAGUCCCGUGUGAUUCCGCUGAGGGAUGAAGAGUUUGAGACCGAGUUCGAUGACAUAAUCUAUUCUCCUUCCUUUUACAAGGAUUUCCAGCUGCCCGAGCUAUCGAAUCCCUUUCGUUCUGGCCUCCUAGAAGCGCUGGCCGCUUGGAUGCCCGCCUACCGAAAGGAGCAGGAGCACUGGUCUCAGAUUUACAGAAAGGCCAAUCAAAAGGUGAGAGAGGCUCAACAUCGGGCUGUUUUGGGCAGACAGGAGAUAGCACAGGAUGAAGAGAUCGAAGAGGAUCAACAGAACGAACUAGAGCCAAUGGAUCCGGGAAAACAAAAUGAGCCAAAUGAACAAAAGGAGGAUCUAGAGCAAAAGAAGGAACUAAAGUAAAAGGAGGAUCUAGAGCAAAAGAAGAAAGUAUAGGAAAAGAAUCAAGGAAAAGAAAUGGAAAAAGUCGCAGUCUAAUUACAGAUUAAAGAACGUCUUCAUUAUCUUCAAUUGCAUAGAGCCAAAUACAUGGACUUUCUCGCAUGUUACAAGUGGAGUGCUACCUAACAUGGAAUAUUUUUUAAAUGACGCUACAUAGAAUUUUAGACAACGAAAUUUAAAUAUUGUUUACCAUGGAACUAUGUACACAUUAUACCAAACUUGCUUUUGACACAAUCUCAUAUAUGUUUCUGAAGAUUUCUAACCCAUUGUAAAUUCCCUAAGUUCCUUGACAUAAAAUUAGAGAAACCUCUAAUAAUACUCGUCUAACGAAUACAAAAUAUUUUGUAUUAAAUAUAUCACAACCAU